AGUUACUAAAACAAACGGAUGUCCGCUCCAUAACCAAACGGGUGAGUGGUUCGUGUAGAAGAAGGAAACAGAUGCUGAGGUCAUUAAGGAAAAAAAGUUCACGGUUAAUUCCAAAAUUGCGCACAUAUUCGUUGAAGCCGAAUUCAAUCGCAACCAGAUAUAAAUGAUGAAUAAUUCGUUUUGCGAACAUAUAGGAGGUUCUGUUCCGGCAAUAAACACCACAAAUUCAGAAGAACUACCAGAUUUUCUUGCACAGAGAAUUCUCCAACAGAUAUUUUAUGGCGUCAUUUUCGUACUUAGUAUGGCGGGAAACGCAGCCAUGCUAGCAGUUCUCUUCCAUAGAGGAUCUCGCCUCCUCUCAAACAAAGACAUUUUGCUGCUCAACAUGAUCGUAGCAGAGUCUGCUGUUGCAAUAUCCUGCAUUCCACUUGACUUUGCUAUGUUGUUUUUAAAUGAUGGUUGGUCGUUCGGCCCUUUAAUGUGCCACAUUUUAUGGCCAAUGCAGACAGCACCUUUCGGUGCACUGGUGUUGACUCUCACCGCGAUGAGUGUACAACGCUACAAAGGAAUCGUGCAUCAAAUGCGAAGCCGAGAUGCAGGUAGGAAAUCUUUGUGUGCAACAGUCACCUUUAUUUGGUUAUUUUCCUUAAUAAUCGUGGUGCCAUACGGCUUCUUUUUGCGUCUCGAGGAAGGACAGUGCAGCGAAACAUGGGGAAAUAUCGGAGCACAAGUGUACACGCUUGGAUUGUUCGCCUUCCAUUAUGUAAUUCCGUUAACAAUAAUCACCUUCUGUUAUGCGCGCAUCGCUGUUCGCAUCCGCCAUGGACAACGUGAAGGAGCAAGUAUUAUUUCGGGGACGCACAAGGCGCGUUUAAAACGCUCGAGGCGCCACGUUCGCGCCGUGCGUAUGGUAAUUCUCUUUGUAGUGGUGUUCGCGGUUUGCAUGUUACCGCAUCAAGUAGUUUGGCUGUGGAUAACGUUUGGAAAAGGGGUGAAUUAUUCGGAAAACUUGUUAACCUUUGCUUACAUGUUCACUUUUACAAGUAGUUUCGCCAAUCCGCUUGUGUACUUUACGCAGAAUCCUGCCCUAAAGGCGAAAUUGAAAAGCCUCAUUCUAUGUCGUUCGGCGCCUGAUGGUCGCUUUAGAACUGGCAAUAACAGUUUCUUAACAACUAGCGACGAAACUUCUGCUGAUUCUAGAGUUUGAACUAUAGUAGCAUUGUGGUAAACUCAACUCCACCGAGAGCCUUCGAGUAAGCAAAUGGUGUCUAUAGCCUUAAGCUAAAGCCAGUAUAUAUUUAGAAAGGACAAUUUCCAUUAAAUUGUUAAAAAUUUGAGUAAAUAUCAUCGCCUCUGGCAAAAAUUUC